GACAUCCUGAAAGCUGGGACAUGGAUAAGAUAAACCAGACAUCAAUGGCAGAAUUCAUUCUUCUUGGACUCUCCGGCUACCCAAAACUUGAGCUCAUUUUCUUUGCUGUGAUUCUAGUUAUGUACCUAGUGAUUCUAACAGGCAAUGGUGUUCUGAUCAUAGCAAGCAUCUUUGAUUCCCGUCUUCACACUCCCAUGUACUUCUUCCUGGGGAACCUUUCUUUUCUGGAUAUCUGCUACACAUCUUCCUCUGUUCCAUCAACACUGGUGAGCUUAAUCUCAAAGAGGAGAAACAUUUCCUUCUGUGGAUGUGCAGUGCAGAUGUUCUUUGGAUUUGCCAUGGGCUCAACAGAAUGUUUGCUUCUUGGCAUGAUGGCUUUUGAUCGCUAUGUGGCCAUCUGCGACCCUCUGAGGUACCCCAUCAUCAUGAGCAAGGGGGUGUAUGUCCUGAUGGCUUGUGUGUCGUGGUUCUCUGGUGGAAUAAAUUCAAUUGUUCAAACAUCUCUUGCCAUGCGAUUACCUUUCUGUGGAAAUAACAUUAUUAAUCAUUUCUUGUGUGAGAUCUUAGCUGUCCUCAAGCUAGCUUGUGCUGAUAUAUCCCUCAACAUUGUUACCCUAAGUGUUUCAAAUAUGGCCUUCCUGGUUCUUCCUCUUCUGGUCAUUUUUUUCUCGUAUAUGUUCAUCCUGUACACCAUUUUGCAAAUAAACUCAGCCACAGGAAGACGCAAGGCUUUUUCCACCUGCUCAGCUCAUCUGACUGUGGUGAUUAUAUUUUAUGGAACCAUCUUCUUUAUUUAUGCAAAACCCAAGUCUCAAGUCCUCUUUGGGAAAGGUAGUUCCCAAGCUACUGAAGGGCUCUUUUCUGUGUUUUAUGGGGUAAUGACUCCCAUGCUGAAUCCUAUAAUCUAUAGCUUGAGAAAUAAAGAUGUAAAAGCUGCUAUGAAAUAUUUGUUCUGUCCGAAAGCAGGUAACAAAUAG